AUGUGCGACCGAAGGUACCUAGAAUCACACCCUACCGGCAUGGCAUAUGCAAAGUAUGCAGAUGCUUAUGCAGUGAGCCCAGGAGCGAGUGAGGCGGGGUGGACGGUGCGGGAGGGGGUGAAGUACGAGUGGGUGGUUGGGCCCUCCACAUGCCCGGCGCCUCAAGUUCCCCAGGAGAUUAAAGCCUUCGAGCAAACGGCUAAGGCACGACUUGAAAAGUCUCAGUUAGAGAAGGAUGGAACAGCGGAAGCAAGACGAGCAGCCGAGGCAGCGGCAGCAGCAGCGGCGGUCGACCUAUCUAACCCGUUUCUGCCCUUCAACGCGUCAGUCUUCUGUGAGCGGGUGGGGCGGGGCAGGCGAAUCCUGGUGGUGGGGGAUUCGAAGCAGUAUCAGAUGGUGGAGUCGUUUCUGAACCUGAUGGCGUGGGACAGGAAGAAGCCUGCAUGGGAGAUGGUGGGGUUGGAGGAUCAUCCCAAGCGAUGUGUGGAUGUGCUGGGAGGGGACCCUGCCAAGAUGGCUCACGAGUUCUGCCAGUGGAAGCAGCCGGCAUGGGAGAUGGUGGGGUUGGAGGAUCACCCGAAGCCAUGUGUGGACGUGCUGGGAGGGGACCCUGAGAAGAUGGCUCAUGAAUUCUGCCAGUGGAAGAAGCCGGCAUGGGAGAUGGUGGGGUUGGAGGAUCACCCGAAGCCAUGUGUGGACGUGCUGGGAGGGGACCCUGAGACGAUGGCUCAUGAAUUCUGCCAGUGGAAGAAGCCGGCAUGGGAGAUGGUGGGGUUGGAGGAUCACCCGAAGCCAUGUGUGGACGUGCUGGGAGGGGACCCUGAGAAGAUGGCUCAUGAAUUCUGCCAGUGCCCGGUUACAGCAGUCCAUUGUGUUGGGGGUGGGGAGCUCAAAACAAUACCAGUUGGUGAAGCCAUUUUCCCCUCACUUUCCCCUCUCCCUUCCCUCCUCGUUUCCCCCCCCUCUCCAUUCGUCUCCCCUCCCAACCCAUCCCUUCUUUUGAGGCGCCUCAAAAGUCCUCUCCCUUCCCUCCUCGUUUCCCCCCCCUCUCCAUUCGUCUCCCCUCCCAACCCAUCGCUUCACACCACAGCGCUCCUCCUCCUUUCCCCACCCUUUCCUCCCCCCUCUCCAUUCGUCUCCCGCCUGCGCCCCACCCCACCCCACCACAGGUACACCUUCAACUCCUCAGCCUGCUCGGCAGCCCAGCAGCAGUUCGCCUCGGUGCCGGACCUGGAGGCAGCCAUGUACACCGAAGCUGCAAACUGGCCGUGUACCCUGGCACGGAGAAUCAUGUCAGCCCCGAUUCAGGCCGUCUUCUCGCCCUCCCACCUCUCUCUCCUUGACUCCCCCCAAGCCCUCCUGCUCUUGCUGGCUAAUUGCCCUCUCCCCCUCGUCCCUCUUCCCGCAGUCCCCUUUCGCUGCCUACCCCAACACCUCCUACCCCUGGAACCCCCUAAGCUCGUCCCUUCAUUUUUCCUGAUUCUCUUUCCAUUGCCCCUUCGCCCGUUCCCCCUUGCGCCCUUCUCCCAGCCCUCUCCCCCUCUUCCCCCUUCCCCCACCCUCUCCCCCUCGUCCCUCUUCCCGCAGUCCCCUUUCGCUGCCUACCCCAACACCUCCUACCCCUGGAACCCCCUCGGCUCGUCCCUUCAUUUUAUCCUGAUUCUCUCACACUGCCCCUUUGUCCAUUCCCCCUUGCGCCCUUCUCCCAGCCCUCUCCCCCGCCUCCCCCUUCCCCCAGUCCCCUUUCGCUGCCUACCCCAACACUUCCUACCCGUGGAACCCCCUCGGCUCAUCACUCGAUCACCUGUCGUUCUCCCUCCCCGUCUCCCUCCUCUCGGAUCAAGCCACAGCCGAUAUCCGCCUUGUGAGUACUCCAACCACGUCCCACCGUUUUUCCCCCCACCCAACCCAACCCAACCCUCCUCGGCCUCGGCUCGUCCUUCGACCGCCUGCCUGCCAUUCUCCCUCCCAGUAUCCCUUCUUUCGGAUCAAGCCUCAGCCGAUAUCCGCCUUGUGAGUACUCCAACCACGUCCCACCGUUUUUCCCCCCACCCAACCCAACCCAACCCUCCUCAGCCUCGGCUCGUCCUUCGACCGCCUGCCUGCCAUUCUCCCUCCCAGUAUCCCUUCUUUCGGAUCAAGCCUCAGCCGAUAUCCGCCUUCCGAUAUCCGCCUUGUGAGUACUCCAACCACGUCCCACCGCUUUUCCCCCCACCCAACCCAACCCAACCCUCCUCGGCCUCGGCUCGUCCUUCGACCGCCUGCCUGCCAUUCUCCCUCCUAGUAUCCCUCCUCUCGGAUCAAGCCACAGCCGAUAUCCGCCUUAAAGCAGAGGUCAACAGUCGACAAGACUUCCGCUAUCCACUCUACCUGGCUGAAUUCGAUGCCAUCAUGACUACCACGCGCAUAGGAGCAACCACAUCGCAGGCAUGUCUCGACAACCUUUCCUGCCUCCCCCUUGGAGGCUACAGUGUGAUGGCAUCUCUACCUCCCAUCGACGUUUCAAGCAAGGAACCUUCCAGGAAGCCGCUGGUGAUCGCCAUGGCUCAGAUGGAUGCUGCCUCACUGUUCCGUGACGCUGCUGUCGGGGCCGAAUCUCCCAUUUCUGGUCUCAUCUCUUUGCUAGCAGCGGCAGAUGCCAUUGCAUCUCUCCUUCGAAAACCCUCCGUCCCAGACCUUCCCAAGCAGCUCGUCAUCCUUGCUCUAAAUGGCGAGCGAUGGGGCUACCUGGGGUCUCGGCGGCUGCUGUUUGAGUUGGAAAAGUUGUCCAAAGGGGAGGAAGGGGUGGGGAGAGACGUGCUGCAAGGGCUUUCUAUCGAAGACUUCACGCAGGCACAGAUGCUGGAAGUCGGAUCGAUGGGAAUGGCAGGAGCAGGAGGGAAUGGGACUCAAGAGGAUGUGACACUGUUCAUGCAUCAUGAGAAGCCCAUGCCAGCAGGAGCGGCUGCCAUGGCAGAGGCAAUGAGAGCAGCAGCAGCAUCCAUCCAACGUAAUUCUCAAGACGGAGAAACUGCAUCAGCAGCGGAAGAGGAGGGGCAGGAGAUUGUGGGUGUGCGUGUGGAGGCAGCCAGUGAGGAGACGCCGGGUUUUCCGCCCUCCUCCUUGCUCGCUAUGUCAGCUGAGCAUCCAGGUCUCGCUGCUCUUCAUCUCUCGGAUUACAACCAACAAGUCUCCAACCCCUACCUCAACAGCCACCUCGACACACUCCCCUCCAUCCACCUCCCAUCCCUCACUCUCUCCUCCACCCUCCUCGCCCGCUCCCUCCUCCUCCUCUCUGGCGCCCCUCCCUCACUCGCCCUCCAAGCAUUAGUCAACACCUCCCUCAUAUCCAACCUCGUUCUCUGCCUCCUCUCUCCUUCCCCUGGUCUCCUCUGCCCCCUCGCCUCUUCCCUUCUUACUCCACGUGACCCUGCUCCUAGUCACUACGCUGGGGUCUUUCUUGGAGUUCCUCCAUCCAUCUCUCCCUCCUCCUCCCCUCCUUCCUCCUCUUCCGCUUCCUCUCCUCCUCUCUAUACCCUUGCUGAUACCCCCCGGUUCAUCUGGAAUUUCCUGGCUAAGACAACGGCUGUGAAGCCGAAAGGAGGGGAGGAGGGAGGGGAGGAAGUGGAGGGGAGAGAGGGGAGGGAGGUGAGGGAGGGGAGUGGAGCAGGAGGAGGAGGGAAGGGAGGAAAGGGGAAGGAGUGUGUGGAGAAUGGGGAGUGUGGGGAAGCAGGGGAGGUGUGUGUGGGAGUGCUGGCAAUGGCCAAGGGCGAAUGCAUGCUUUCUUCCACCACGUACAUCCCAGCUCUCUCCCCUCGCCUUGUCUUCAACAGCACGCAUUGGAGCAUAGCCCCUUCCCACCCAGGCAGCCAUGGAGAUCGGGUGUAUAUCCUGGCUCUUUCUCCUCGACUGGUCUUCAACAGCACGCAUUGGAGCAUCGCCCCUCCCCGGCCGGGCAGCCACGGGGAUCAGGUGGAUCCUGUGUGGACCGAGAGCUUUUGGCAGCACCUGAAGCUGAGGAGUUACUUGGUGGAUGAUCCGAUAUGGGAUGCUUCGAUACUGCUUGGAGGAGUGGUGUGGGUGGUGGUGCUUUGUGUGCUUGUCACUUGGGCUGAUAAAGCUGUUAAGCAGAAGCUGAAGCGGGUAUAG